GUAUGUGUGAGGCGCUGGGGUGCCCAGGGCCAGCCUUCAAGCCCCUGGUUGUUAGUCCCCCGCUGGCUUGCACUCACUGGUCCUCCCCGCUCCUUCCCUACAUCGUUCCAACGCCUCCGCUGUCGCGUACGGAGCGAGAGCCCAGGCAAGCAGGAGUGGGGGCGUUGUGGGGUCGCACGAGACAAAGGGGGCGCGGGGUCAGCCCGCCAUGGCCUCCCGGAGCCUGGGGGGCCUGAGCGGGGGCCGCGGCGGCAGCAGCGGCGGCAAGAAGAGCUUGAGCGCCCGCAAUGCUGCGGUGGAGAGGAGGAACCUGAUCACUGUGUGCAGGUUUUCGGUGAAGACCCUGAUUGAUCGAUCUUGCUUUGAGACAAUUGAUGAUUCUUCUCCGGGAUUUAACAAUUUUGCAGCUAUUUUGGAACAGAUUCUAAGCCACCGGCUAAAAGGUCAAGUAACCUGGUUUGGUUACGAAAGUCCUCGUAGCUUCUGGGACUAUAUCAGAGUGGCUUGCCGGAAAGUUUCACAGAAUUGUAUUUGCAGCAUUGAAAAUAUGGAAAAUGUCAGUUCUUCUAGAGCUAAGGGUAGAGCCUGGAUCAGAGUAGCACUCAUGGAAAAACAUUUAUCUGAAUACAUCUCUACCGCUCUGAGAGACUUCAAAACAACCAGGAGAUUUUAUGAAGAUGGAGCAAUUGUCUUGGGUGAGGAAGCAAAUAUGCUUGCUGGCAUGCUGCUGGGACUCAAUGCUAUUGAUUUCAGCUUCUGCCUAAAAGGAGAGGGAUUGGAUGGCAACUUUCCUGCUGUUAUAGACUAUACACCGUAUUUGAAGUUUACCCAAAGUUCUGAUAGCAUUAGCAGUGAUGAGGAGGAGCUGAGGACUUUGGGAAGCAGUAGCAGUGAAAGCAGUACUCCAGAGAGUGUCGGGCCUCCCUUCAUCAUGGACGAGAACAGCUGGUUCAACAAGUGUAAGAGAGUUAAACAGAAGUAUCAGCUUACCCUGGAACAGAAGGGUUAUCUUGAAGAACUCUUACGACUUCGAGAGAACCAGCUAUCUGAAUCCGUCUCUCAGAAUAAAAUACUACUACAAAGGAUUGAAGAUUCUGAUCUGGCCCACAAAUUGGAGAAGGAACAAUUAGAAUAUAUAAUUGUGGAGCUUCAAGAUCAGCUGACUGUGCUAAAGAAUAAUGAUUUAAGAUCAAGACAAGAGUUAACUGCCCAUCUCACCAACCAGUGGCCUUCCCCAGGAGCUCUGGAUGUCAAUGCCGUUGCCUUGGAUACGUUGCUUUACCGAAAACACAAUAAACAGUGGUAUGAGAGAAGUUAUCAAAGUCUUGACCAGUUAUCAGCAGAAGUUAGCCUUUCUCAGACUUCACUGGAUCCAGGCCAGUCACAAGAAGAAGAUGUAAAACAAGACACAUUAAAUUUAAUAAGUAAAGGUAAAGAAGAUACUCCCUCAUUACUUGGUCUCUGUGGGUCUCUAACAUCAGUGGCAAGUUACAAGUCUCUAACAAGCCUAAAAUCUAAUGAUUACCUUGCAAGUCCUAUAACAGAUAUGACAAGUCCAGGCCUGACUCCAUCCUGAAAAAUUUUAUGUAAAAGCCAAAAGUUUUUAUGUUGUAAAUGUUCAAUUUACAUAAGUUUAACUGCUGGGAAGAUCUUUGAAAUUUUAUAUUGUUCUGAUGUGUGUCUGGAAUUCUUUGCUUAGUUCAUUCCACUCCAUGUAAACUUAUAGAUGAAUAACACAACCAUCUUGCUGUUUUUCAUUUUAAAAAUUCUUAUAUUUGUCACUGAGUUGGUUUAAAAAUGAACAAGCUUAAAAAAACUUUCAAAGAUCCUCCAAAUUAACAAUUCAUUGCAAAUUGUACAUAUUUAUUAUUCAGCUGAUUUUUAUAUUAUAUAUUUGUUCAAAUGUAUCUUAGUGGCCAGAGGCUGAGUUCAAGGUUUUAUUCCAGAGACUUAAGCUAAGUAUUUUUUCACUCUUUUAUUCAGUGAUUAGAUUUAAAAAAAAAAAAAGAUGACUUAUUUCACUUUUUCAUUAAUUUCUCCUAAGUUGUAAUGUUUAAAUGCCU